AACAAGACUGUGGCGUCCAAAUUAAAAACAAAUACUAUUGGCAACACACUGGAUAGUAUACGAAUAGUUUCGUACAAGGGAAAGGGGCACUAAUAACAAUUGUACUGAUAUGAGCUAGUUAGACCUCCAGUUCCCUGUCACUUUCAGCACGGCAACGUUAGCAUUGAGCCACGGAGCUAAAGAAUCCUGUAACGGACAGGAACUCAUCACAGAGAAGUCCUCGUUUCUUCUGAAGUCGACUUGGAAAUAUUACUCAUCGUUUCUCUAUUUCAUAGCGAUGCUUAUAUCGUGUUAGAAGCGACGCAAAAGGUAUUUUAGAGGAGUGUUGUUGUUGUUGAAGCUCUGACACCGCUUAAGAGCUGUGUGUGAGUCUAAAUAGUCCGGGUUGGCGCAAAGAUCUGGCCAGUUAAUAUGUAGAAAUAUGUAGAAUAUGUAGAAAAUGAACACAAACUCCUUCAAUAUAUGACACUUUCAUAUGCGAGUAAAUAAAUGCAUAAUCAUGCCCAAUAAAUAUUAAAUCAAAGCGGAACCUUGUUUAACUGUUUGAUAUCCGGAAGAUUUAGCUAUCAGAACAGUUUCCUGUUUGGACGAAAAUCUACUUUUAUCAAGUUGACAUUGAACAGUCAGCAUUAAAACAUGGUUUCUCUGUCCUUAAACUCGUUAAAAACAAUUAUGCGGGCGAUGGUGGACAGUCCGGGGUUUGAUCGAGUUUUAAGUAAGGUGGACAUUGUAACAGCCAGCCCAGGGAAAGUGGUGUGUGAGUUUAAAGUGGAAGAGGAGCACACAAACCGAGGCGGCACCCUUCACGGGGGUCUGACAGCAACACUGGUCGACGUCAUCUCCACCACUGCCAUCAUGUACACGGAACGGGGAGCACCUGGUGUCAGCGUGGACAUGAACAUCACGUACAUGAAUGCUGCCAAGAUGGGCGAGGACGUGCUGAUCACAGCCACAGUGUUGAAGCAAGGACGGACCCUGGCAUUCGCUACUGUAGACCUCACUAGCAAAGCCUCUGGGAAACUCAUCGCACAAGGAAGACACACAAAGCACCUUGGGAGCUAGAUCAGCUGCUCACUGGUCUUGGGUCAGUUUAGCACCCCCCUCCCCCCACACACUGAUUAAGAUGGGGGGGGAGGGGGGGGGAAGCUGAUCCUAGACCUGUACCUAGGGGAAACCCCCCCAGCAAAUUGUGAAUGAUCAUACUGCUGCUGUGAUGCUGUCCAGUCUGUGGGGUGAAGAAACGUGACUAUUGUGGAACUGUGUCAGUAAAUUGUUCUUUACCCCACAACAGACUUGCUAAAUAAUAAUUAUUUUUCUGCAUGUCAUUCUGCUGUAAAUAUAUACACACACACACACACACAAAUAAAACACCAGGAAAUACUUUCAAAUGUUACAUUGUAUUGGGAUUUGUUCAGCCGUGUUGAUUUCUAGAUGCAUUUUUUAAAAAAAGGAAAGGAAGAAUAGACUCAAAUAACCUUUAAAUCAAACAUAUUGAAACAAAGAAAUCCCUCAAUUAAAUGUACUGACUGAUUUGUGCCUUAUUUCCCCCCAGCAAAGCACGCAACAACAAAACAAAAACCACCCCCAUUUUACAUUUUAUAAGCACUGCAACAAUUAGUCCCCUUUAGGAUACUUGUCUAUCGAAUUAAAGGAACAUAAACAUGUAACGGUCCCAUUAAUUUCAACUCAACAACCUGUUCUGUUGUUAGGUACAUUCAUUCUGCAAUUAUAAACAACACCCAUGCCAACCCCCACCCAGAAACAAACAUCAGAUUUCAGUAGCUUGAAUGGCUUUGCGUGGUAACAACCUUCAACAUAAUAAAACAUUUCAACCCUGUGUGUCGGUCCACACCAUGCGAUACCGUCUGUCUGACAACUUCCUCCCAUCAGUUUCCAACUAUACUCCAGAUCAGACCAAUGGUGUUCCUGGCAUAUUUCACAGGAAAAGCAAAUGAACCCAGAAAGAAAAUAACCAGCCAACAUUAAACAAGGGUGGCUUAAAAAAGGAAAAAUAAA